AUGGUGCGACAUAGUUCCGAGGCCCCCAGUACUACUCCUGGGGGACAGACCACCCUGGGCUCCUCGUUCUAUCUACCGGAGUAUAUAUGGAAUUCCCUCUCUGAUACCCAACGCGACUCAUUCAUGUCCACUGUUUUCGCUUCCCCUGUUGCGGGCGACGGGCAGCGCAAGCGCCCACGUAUAGAUCUCACCACGGAAGAGGAUGUCGACGACGGUAGGGUUCUGUCUCUUGUUUUGCCAGUCCUCCCCCGCUUCCCCGGUCUCCACCGCGCUGCUAUUAUAGCCGUUUGCGAACACACCUUCCGCCCAAAGAAGGACCUCAUAAAACUUCGCAGCCCCGAGUUCAAAGCCUUGACACUGGAUGGCGAGUCCUUCUAUUUAAAGUCCACAUCAUCUGGCCUGCAAUUUCGCAAGGUGGUUUCAAUCAAGGACUGGGGUAAUGACGUAUCCCCCUGGGCCCAUUACUUCAGCAAUUACGUCGCUAUCUGGUGUGAUUUCUUCGCUGUCAAGCACCCGUUAUGCAUCAGUGGAAUGGUCCUCUUCUACCGCCGCAUUUUUGACCUUGCCGGGGCAUAUAAAUAG